AUGAUGUUUUUGCUAAUGCACGGGACGUUCUUGGAUUCCGUUGGGUCUAAAGGCUUGGAGAUCAACAGGGAAGGUGGCUUAUUUAUGUUGUUCAUCUUCUUGGUAUACAUUUUCAUGACAAGUUUCCUCAUGCUCAACAUGCUAAUCGGAGUUGUCUGCGAAAUGGUGUCCUCGGUGAAACAUGGCGAGCAGGAGAUGAUGGCAAAGGUCUCCUUGCGAAGUCUGUUGCACGACAUCAUGGAGGUGUACGACUCGGACGGCACAGGGGCGCUGACGCAGUCCGAGUUCGAAUUGUUCAUCCGCAACGUCGAGGUCAUGCAGGCGCUGCACCAGUUCGAUGUAGACAUUAAGUGUCUCGGGACUCUCGGCGAGAUGGUGCUGUCGCACGCCGCCCAGGAGGGCCGGGCCGAGGAGCACGUCGGCCUGAACUUCGACGAGAUCAUGAGCCUGGCGGUGCGCCUCAAGGGCAGCAGCGCCUGCCGCGUGGAGGACAUCGUGCACCUGCGCGAGUUCACGAAGCAGCGCAUCACGGUGCUGGAGGAGCACGUGACGAGCACCCGGCGGCUGCUGGAGGAGAGCGUCGGCUGUGUGCCCCCCCGCCGACCCGGGCGCCCCGCGUGA